AUGUCUCGUCCAGAAGAUUUGGCGCCGCCAGAAGUUUUCUACAAUGAUUCUGAGUCGCAAAAGUACACUUCCUCGACCAGAGUGCAGCACAUCCAAGCUAAAAUGUCGUUGCGAGCACUGGAGCUACUUAACCUCUCAGAGACAUCGUUUGUGCUGGACAUAGGAUGUGGCUCGGGGCUGAGUGGAGAGAUCCUAACAGAAGAGGGCCAUAUCUGGUGCGGUGUGGAUAUCUCACCAUCUAUGCUGGCAACAGGUCUGACCAGAGAGCUUGACGGUGAUCUGAUGCUGCACGACAUGGGACAAGGCCUGCCGUUCAGAGCAGGUACUUUCGAUGCAGCCAUCAGUAUCAGUGCUAUCCAGUGGCUUUGCAACGCUGACACAUCCUACAAUGACCCCAAGAGACGUCUGAUGCGAUUUUUCAACACGUUGUUCGCUUCUUUGAAAAAAGGCGGCAAGUUCGUUGCGCAGUUCUAUCCUAAGAACGACGAUCAGACGCAGCAGAUCCUGGGGGCCGCCAAAGUGGCCGGGUUCAGUGGUGGUUUGGUUGUGGACGACCCAGAGUCCAAGAAAAACAAGAAGUUUUAUCUGGUGUUGAGUUCGGGCACUUCUGCGGAAGAUGAGCGUGUCAACUUACAGGGUGUGACGAUGAGCGCGGAAGAAAUGGUGAAAGUGCGUCGGGAAAAGAAAAACGCCAAAGAGUCCAACAAGAUGUAUCUGCAGCGGAAAAAGGACCUCAUGCGUAAGCGCGGUCGUACGGUGGCCAAGGACUCCAAGUUCACAGGGCGGAAGCGUAGAAGUCGGUUUUAA